AACCUAAUAAUCACUUUCUCAGGCUUGUUGAAUUCAAUAAAUCGACUGUAAUUUUUGUAAUUACUGAUUUUCAUGCAUGUAAUUUAUAUUGCAAAAUAGCUGGAAAGUAUUUGUUUUCCUUAUUAUUUAUUGUCCUGAACUUUCAUGGCAAACUGUAUAGUGCCGAUAUGUUAAGUAAUGUUGCAAGGGCAUACAGAGUGAUAUACAUAACUUACGUUUCAUGCACGUUUGUCCAUGCCUCUUUGAUAUAUAAAUGCUUUUUAAUCUUAUUUUUGUGUAGUCGCGUAACUGAGCAUGCGCAAACCCUGUGAUCGAUGUUAUUUAUCCGAUAUAUUUUUUUUUACUUAAACUCGCAACUUGUAUAACACAUCUAUGAAAAAACCCUACUGCCAAUACUAAGGUAUGAUAAUAAAUGUUAUGCUAUGCAGCAAAAUGAUCCAACAGGAAACACAGUAAAUAAAAUAUUCCGACGGAUUUCAAGGAAUUGAAUGCAUCACAGGACAGUUCCGUGUUCGUGCUCCUCCCCGGCCAAAGAUGGCAGCCCUUGGACCGAUAUGAGCGGCGAUGCACAUUUGCGAGCUCUGACAUGUAACAGUGACCUGCGGUUGAUGUCUUUCACUGCUAUAUCUGAAUGAGCAGAGAUAUAAUAAGCCAUAUCUAAUGUGCGCUCUUUCGUAGACCCUUGCAGCACGUAGAACUAUGAUGUUUUCAGUCGGGCCGAGCUAGCAAGCUGCGGUUAGCAAAUAAAUGCACUUGGCUUAUAAUAGCAGUCGGUGUUUGCUCUUGUAAGUAUUACCACAUCAUGGCUGUCUCACAGUUCCGUCUUUUCAAGAUCUGCACCUGCAUAGCCACUUUGCUUUCCUUCUUCAAGAGGUUAAUAUGCAGGAGUGGUAGAGGAAGGAAGCUGAGUGGUGAUCAAAUAACCCUUCCAACAACUGUGGACUAUUCAGCAUCUGUACCAAAAUCGCCAGAGAUUGAGGAGUGGAGCUCCUGGGAUGAAGAGGCUCCCACAAGCAUAAAAAUCGAAGGAGGAAAUGGAAACGUUUCUCCUCCUCCUGAUGGACCAGACGAGGAACCUGACUACUUCAAAGACAUGGCACCCACCAUCAGGAAAACACAGAAAAUUGUGCUGAAGAAGCGGGAGCCUCUUAACUACCUUGUCCCGGAUGGAUCAGCCGGUUUUUCAAGUCGCCUGGCAGCUUCUCAGGAUAUUAUGACAUUCACCACACCAUCCACGGAGCUGGGAGAAAUGGACAACUGGCAGGAGGACAGAAAUGCCUGGGAGGAUGAGUCAGAUGCCGCCUGGGAGGCUGAGGAGGUGCUCAGACAGCAAAAGCUGGCUGAGAGGGAGAAGCGAUCUUUGGAGCAGCAGAGGAAGAAGAUGGAGAAGGAGGCGCAGAGGAUGAUGAAGAAGGAGCAGAAGAUGGCCGUCAAGCUUUCAUAACACUUCGGAAAAGCUCACUCACGAGCUCCGUGGAUGAGAGGGAAAGACACUGAAUCAGCCAUCGGUUUUCAAAGCCAUCAACCAAAUGUGGAUUCUCAUCCCAUGUCUUUCAGUUUUUGUUAGCACAGAUCGCUUUUCUCCACCAGCAGUGGUUUUAACCAGUCUCGGUCAGAAGGGAGAGUUUUCUUGCACAUAUCCUGUUUUACACUUUUUAAUUCAGUCGACUUGUACAAUCUGCUUAUUUGGAUUUAUCAUGCGCUUAUGUUUUACCAGAAAAGUCACCCACUAUUUGGAACUCAAUAGCAGGAAUCUUGUCUUGGUCUUAUUUAUUACUUCAGGAGAUAAAGGGGUGUAAUUAAGUCUGUUCACCAGUGACAUCCAUUGGUCUUUGGAAUUGUUUUUUUUUUAUACAUAUAUUUUUGACUUUCACUGUGAUUAAUUUCUUGUCCAGAGAUCUUGCUCUUUCUCACGAGUUCAUUGUUCUGUACAGCUUCUACUGAUCUGUAAAUCUACAUUAAAGUCAAGUGUGGCUAAAUAAUCUUGUGUCAUAUGCGAUUUUAAAAAUGAGCGACUGAAGUAA